UCGCUCCCGAGAAAAACGCCAAACGCAAAACGCGAGCGGUUGGUUUUCGGUUUGCUGCCGCAGCUCAGUUGUUCGAGAAACUUUGCACGAAACAAAGCGAAAAUCGCGCGCGGCAAACAGCAAACAGCAAGCGGAAUACACAGAAAAGCAGAAAUGACCCCUUACCCGACGCGGCUCAGUGGCAGCCUGCUGGUGGUGGUGCUCCUAAUCUUGGCCCUGACCACCGAGGACGUGCACGCCAAAUGGAAAUCCAGUGGCAGCAGAAGUCGCAGCAGCAGUAGCAGUUCCUCUAGUUCUAGAAGGACCUCAUACCCAUCGCAUUCAGCUCCAUCGUACCACCCAGCUCCAUCGCAUCGCCCAGCUCCUGCUCCACACCACGAUAAUGUCAGGCUGAGCUACGGCGGUGGAUCCCACUCGCAGCCAGUGAGCAAGGUGAGCAGCUCUCAGACACACAGUGCAGCUCCUUCGGCGCCCGCCUCACCAUAUGGCUGGAAUGUCCAAUCCAAGCCCCAAGGACCUCCGCCGGCGUACUCACCCUCGAAUCCAGUGGGCGGAGCUCACACCAACAUACAUGAGCGCCCGCCAGCCUACAAUCCGGCAUACAAGCCAGCUCCACCCAGCUACUCGGCCGCCACACAAACGCACAGCAACACGAAUCUCCAGAGCCCAUCUCGUCCAGUUGGACCACCCAGUCCCGCUGCCAGUUCCAGUUCCAGUUCAAGUGGUUCCCACUACUAUGGCGGAGCACACAACACAGCGUACAGAGGACGGAAUAACUCCACUGGCGGAUAUCAGCCUAUAACGGCCACCAAUGCCCACAAUGUGCAGUCGAGCUAUCCGCGCCAACAGUUGCCAGCAGGUGCCACCUACCAUCCGGCGGGUCAGCUUCCAGCCGGAGCCACCUAUCACCCAACGGGUCAAUUGCCAGCGGGAGCUUCGUACCACCCAGCGGGUCAAGUGCCCCACGGAGCCAGCUACUAUCCCACGGGUCAAGUGCCCCACGGAGCCACAUACUAUCCCACGGGUCAGGUGCCAGCCGGUGCCAGUUAUCAUCCUUCGGGUGGAUAUCCCGCAGGAGCUUCUUACCAUCCAGCCGGCCAAGUGCCCCACGGAGCCACCUACUAUCCACAAGGGCCAGUCGGAGGAGGUCUGCCCGCAGGAGCCACCUUCCUGCCCGCUGGAGGAGCUUUGCCAGCAGGCGCUGUUUACUAUCCACAGCCACCGCAGAAGUCCUCCUCAGGCUUGGGAUUGGGCACUGGUCUAAUUGCUGGAGCUUUGGGAGGCGCCAUCCUGGGUCACGCACUGACCCCCACCCACACCCGUGUCGUGGAGAGUUCCAAUUCCUAUUCCGGCGGUGGUGGCGGUGGAGGUGGAGGCGGCCAUGGUGGUGACGACAAAAUCAUCAUUAUCAACAACGGCCCACCUGGAUCUGUGACCACCACAGAUGUGGGUUCGGGUACUACGGUGAUAAAUGCUGGAGGCAACCAAGCAGCCGCUUCUCCAGCGCUACCAAUGCCACCUGUUUAUGCCGCUCCACCUGCUACUGGCACUGAAGCUCUACCCCUUCCUCCAGCCCCGCCAGUGGCAGGAUCAGUUCCACUGGCGCCUUUGGGUCCAUUGCCCCCUGCUCCCGCUGACCCAGCGGCACCUGCACCUGCAUUUGCUUCUGGAGCUCCUGUUGCUCCUGUUGCAUCUGGAACUCCUGUGGCUCCUGUUGUUCCUGUUGCUCCUGUUGCACCUGCACCCGCAGCUGCAGGCAAUCCAACGGAUCCGAAUGCGCCAGUUCCUCCUGCGCCUGGAGCUCCGGCUGAUCCCAAUGCACCACCUGCUGGUGGCAUUAUCUGUGUGCCCGUUAAAGUGCCCGGUCCGGAUCCCAACGAUCCUACCAAGACUAUUGAGCUGGAUCAGGUCGCGUGCUAUCCAGCUCCGCCACCGGAGACUGCUCCGCCAGCCAAUGGAACGGCACCGGCAGUGGACGGUGCUGUACCUCCUCCCGUUUCCGCCCCCGGAACCGUUCAACUGGCUCCCAUCCAGGCCACCACUCCUGUGACCAUUCCCGAGGGAUCCGUGCCCUUGGCUCCCAUCACUCCCGGUGGUCAGCCGGAUAUCAUGAAGAUGCCAGGUCUGACACAGGCUCGACUGUCGGCUAACCUCAAGGAUGCGCACAAUGUGGCAGAGCGAACCCUUGGACACUUUAGCCUCAUCUCCACAAUGGUGACUCUGUUGGUGGCCUACUGUCUCCACUAAGUGCCCGUCGCCUUCACAAAACCCUCAAGUGACUCAAGGACACAGUCUCAUUAGCAACCGAAAGGCCUUAUCUAAUUUAUUGCCAUUCUCUGGGACUCAGAUUCGUAUGGAAAUACCUAUACGACUAACACCAACCAUAUAUUUUGUAUAAAAAUAAAACACUAUCGAAUUUUUGAUAUAUACUCGUAGUUCUGUUAGAUCUGAAUGUAAGCCACUAAUAAAUGUACCAAACAAUUAAAAUGUA